AUGCCUAUAUUUUUUGUAUUUAAUUUUGUACUGACGUCGCAUCUUGUGCUAACAAAGGUGGCAAACUCGGAUAUUGCAAAAAUUUUGCAUCGGCCUAUUAGAAGUUUGACAUUUCCAAAAAACAGUAAUAUGGGUAUCUUCGUCGCUCUCGCGGUGCCACUCGAGCAUCCUCUAAGUUCGAUCUCACUAUCCUACUUCUUCGAGGCUAACUACGUUUUACCGCCAAACAUAACAUCUCUCGAGCCCUGGACGGGACUAAAAAGGAGGAAGAGGAAUAUCGAGAGAGCCACAAUCUAUCGAGUUCUGGAAAGUAAAUUUGAGAGCUCCGGGUAUUCCGGAAGGGAGUGUCUACUGAGAGCAAUCUGCGAGACCUCGGAAUUUCCGCUCCAACACAAUGGGUUGAUCGGUGACAUCAUGCACGUGAUCUUCACUCCGAGUACUUCGAGAUACGAGGGAUUGCCGCGAGAUGUUAUUGAGGCCGAGCUGGUCGGCCGCAAUGGAAACUGCUCCAAGUACCAACCGCAGUGUCCAUUGGGACUCUUCGACUUGAUUGGAGUCCUCGCGUGAUUCCUGAAAAAUCGUCGCAAGUUUACCGUGCCUUUUUCGCAAAGUAAACAGCCUAAUUGCACCGGCAUUAGAAACAGUCUUGACAUAGUAAGAAACUUCGGUGAUUCAC